AUGCACCUGUUAAGAACUGUGGCUGCAGCCCUCGGGCUCGCCUAUGGCGUAGCUUGUACUUCAAACAAUCUCACAGAUGCAGUCACAUGGGACAAGUUCAGUCUAAGUAUCAAUGGCGAAAGAACAUACAUCUACUCGGCUGAGUUCCACUACCAGCGAAUGCCAGUGCCUGAGUUGUGGCCUGAUAUCCUGCAAAAGUUCAAGGCCAAUGGCUUCAAUGCAAUCAGCGUGUACUUCUUUUGGUCUUACCACAGCCCGAAUCCCGAUACCUAUGACUUCAAAACUGCCGGCAAAGAUGUUCAACGACUAUUCGAUUACGCAAAGGAAGCCGGCCUAUGGGUAAUUGCCAGAGCCGGGCCAUACUGCAAUGCUGAGACAAGCGGAGGCGGUCUUGCACUUUGGGGGUCUGAUGGCAGUAUUGGAAAGAUCAGAACGGCUGAUGAGACCUACCACCAAGCGUGGCUUCCAUGGAUUACGCAAAUCGGACAAAUCAUCGCUGCAAACCAGAUCACUGAAGGCGGACCUGUCAUCCUCAAUCAGAUUGAGAACGAAUAUUCGGAGAGCACCCACUCCUCGACCGCCACGGAAGUCCUCCAUAUGGAGCAGGUUGAGAAAGCUUUCAGAGAUGUCGGUGUCAUUGUGCCCUUUACGCAUAACGAGAAGGGCAUGCGAGCUCAGUCGUGGUCAACAGACUAUCAGAACGUUGGCGGCGCCGUCGAUAUCUACGGUCUUGACAGUUACCCCGGAGGUCUCUCCUGCACAAAUGUGAACACUGGUUUCAAUGUUGUACGGACUUACUACCAGUGGUUCCAGAACUAUUCCUACACUCAGCCCGAGUACGUUCCAGAGUUCGAAGGAGGCUGGUUUUCGGCUUGGGGAAGUGACACGUUUUACGAUGAGUGUACAUCCGAGCAUGACCCUGCAUUUCCUGAUGUCUACUACAAGAACAACAUUGGCCAGCGUAUCACGCUCCAUAACAUCUAUAUGACUUGGGGAGGCACGAAUUGGGGUCACUCCGCUGCUCCAGUCGUGUAUACCAGUUACGACUACAGCGCCCCGCUUCGCGAGACAAGACAGCAGUGGGACAAGCUCUUCCAAACAAAGCUCAUUGGCCUGUUUACCAGGGUUUCUUCGGAUCUGUUAGAAACAGAAAUGUUUGGAAAUGGAACAGGAUAUAAGCUCUCCUCUAUAGCUGGCUUCAGCUGGGUUUUGAAGAACCCGGAAUCUGGAGCAACUUUCACCGUGGUUCAACAGGCUAGCACAAAAUCAAUGACGAAUGUAUCUUUCGCUGUGGAUCUCGAUACUAGUGCUGGUACCGUGACAGUUCCUACCGUUGAACUAUAUGGGAGGCAGAGCAAGAUUCUCGUGACCGACUACAACUUCGGCAGCCACAGUCUCCUAUAUGCCUCUUCUGAUAUUGCAGUCUACGGAGUCUUCGAUGUGGACGUCCUUGUUCUCUACCUGAAAGAGGGUCAAACCGGCGAGUUCGCAUUCAAGACAAAUCAGACACUGUCAUACAAGGUCUACGGUGACAGCACAUUUGCUGCUAAGACACAUUCCUCGAACGGUACCUACACCAACAGCUCGAGCAAUGGCUUCACCUACACUCAAGCAGCAGGCACUACAGCUAUCAAAUUUUCGAACGGUGUUUUAGUCUAUCUCCUGGAGCAGGCAACGGCCUGGAGACUCUGGGCACCCCCGACUACAUCAGAUCCUGCUGUGCGUCCCGAUGAGCAAACUUUCAUUAUUGGGCCUUACCUGGUCAGAGAUGCUUCAAUCGAAGGCACCCAGCUUAUCGUCAAGGGCGACAAUGACAAUGCCACCACCAUUGAGGCUUAUACUGGCACAAGAAUAGACACGAUUCAAUGGAACGGUCAUCCCUUCAAAGUUCAGGAGACUGCUUAUGGUUCUUAUACAGCUGAAAUUCCAGGAGCCGAGUCGCGAAAGAUCAGCCUGCCAUCGUUGUCGGAGUGGAAAUCGACAGACUCUUUGCCAGAGAUUGCAGUAGAUUAUGAUGAUUCGAAGUGGACCAUCUGCAACAAGAACUCGACACCAAGCCCUAUCAAGCCAGAGUCACUGCCGGUUCUUUAUGCUUCUGAUUAUGGAUAUUAUUCGGGUGCCAAGGUAUACCGUGGCUACUUCGAUGGUGCGAAUUCCAGCUCUGUUUACAUCUCAACUUCCGGCGGUCUCGGUUUUGGCUGGAACGCCUGGCUGAAUGGGCAGCUCAUUGGCGGUCAUGAGGGCAAUGGAAGUCUUACGAACAUUGCUUCCACCCUCACGCUUCCUUCCUCCGCGCUCAAGCCGAAGAGCAACGUCCUUACAGUCGUUGUUGAUUACCACGGCCAUGACGAAACUUCGACUGCUAAAGGUGUUGAGAACCCUCGCGGAAUACUGGGCGCUUACCUUCUUCCCGGCGGGACCAACACGAGCACUGGGUUUACGCAGUGGAAGAUUGCAGGAAACGCUGGUGGUCCUGCAAACCUCGACCCUGUCCGUGGUCCGAUGAACGAGGGCGGCCUCUACGCCGAGCGUCUCGGGUUCUUCUUACCUGGUUACAGCUCGAAUUCAGGAUCUAACAAAUGGAGCAACUCUAGCGUGUGGGGUAGUUCUAGCCCUUUGGAUGGUUUGAACGAGUCCGGUAUUGCCUUUUACACCACGGACUUCUCACUCGAUAUUGAUGACGAUCUUGACGUGCCGAUUGGUGUCGAAUUUUCUGCGUCGGAGGGCACGGUUGCGAGAGUGAUGCUCUGGGUCAAUGGCUAUCAGUAUGGUAAAUACGUGCCUCAUCUAGGUCCACAAACCAGGUUCCCCAUUCCUCCGGGUGUGCUCAAUAAUAAGGGCGAUAAUAGGCUCGCCGUGAGUGUCUGGGCGCAAACGGAUGAUGGUGCAAAGCUGGAUGGGGUCACCCUCUUCAGCUACGGGCAGUAUCAGACCAGCUUCAACUUCAACCAAGACUGGGAGUAUCUGCAGCCAGGUUGGAGCGAUCGCACGAAGUAUGCCUAA